ACCCCCUGCUAGGAGCCGGGGAGGGCCGGGCCCAGCUUGCCGCGGGAGUCCGGGACUCCCCUCCUCUGCUUCGGUGGGUGCAUCUCCGAGGUCUGGGCCACACCCGUGUCCGCCUGGGGUCUGCAGUACCCUGAGAGACGAAGCGGGCUGUGAGCUUGGAGCCCACAAACACCAGGAUGAUCAUGCCCCCCUGUUUAUGAGUGCCUCCGGUUCUUUGAGAAGUUUGCAUGAAAGCGGAGUUGUGAUCCCGCUUAUUUAGGUUGCUGCAGAGAGCGCUCCAGCUCCGGAGAAUGAACACUCUCAAGAGACCCCGGAAUCGAACAGUAGUGUGUACACCACCUUCAUGAAGUCUCAUCGCUGCUAUGACCUGAUCCCCACAAGCUCCAAGCUGGUGGUAUUUGAUACUUCGCUGCAGGUAAAGAAAGCCUUCUUUGCCCUGGUGACUAACGGUGUUCGUGCUGCCCCUUUGUGGGAUAGUAAGAAGCAGAGCUUUGUGGGCAUGCUGACCAUCACUGACUUCAUCAAUAUUCUGCACCGAUACUACAAGUCAGCCCUGGUGCAGAUCUAUGAACUGGAGGAGCACAAGAUAGAGACUUGGAGAGAGGUCUACCUGCAAGACUCCUUUAAGCCACUUGUCUGCAUUUCUCCAAAUGCCAGCUUGUUCGAUGCUGUCUCUUCAUUAAUUCGAAAUAAGAUCCACAGGCUUCCAGUUAUUGACCCGGAGUCAGGCAACACCUUGUACAUUCUUACUCACAAGCGGAUCCUCAAGUUCCUCAAGUUGUUUAUCACUGAGUUCCCCAAGCCGGAAUUCAUGUCUAAGUCUCUGGAAGAGCUACAGAUUGGCACCUACGCCAAUAUUGCCAUGGUCCGUACCACUACACCUGUCUAUGUGGCUCUGGGCAUCUUUGUACAGCACCGAGUCUCCGCCUUGCCUGUGGUGGAUGAGAAAGGGCGUGUGGUGGACAUCUACUCCAAGUUUGAUGUGAUUAAUUUGGCAGCAGAAAAGACAUACAACAACCUAGAUGUGUCUGUGACAAAAGCCCUACAGCACCGGUCACACUACUUCGAGGGUGUUCUCAAGUGCUACCUACAUGAGACUCUAGAAGCAAUCAUCAAUAGACUGGUGGAAGCAGAGGUUCACCGUCUGGUGGUGGUGGAUGAACAUGACGUGGUCAAGGGCAUUGUAUCGCUGUCUGACAUCUUACAGGCUCUGGUGCUCACAGGUGGAGAGAAGAAGCCCUGAGCAUGGGGCGGAACAGGCAGUGCCUGGGGAGAUGGCCCCCUCACUGCCUGCCUGCUGUAAGAGCCGGAAUCAGAUGGAAUCCUGAGAGAACGGAGUCUUCCCUCAGGAGCUCCACGCCCACUGUCUAGAACUAGAGAAGGGGAAAGGAGGAGAAGGACUGUUAGCUUCUCUCACCAUCGUGCUACACUUGAGAAAACACUUGUCAGCCUAGCCAGCCCCAGUCGCUCGUCACAGCCCCCUUGUGGGUGAACCAUGGGUUUUGUGCUCCUCAGGCAGAUCCUGAUCUCUAAGAGAUCCCUAGACCUCACCACGCCCCACCUCUGUCUCUGCCCUUACUCCACUAAGAGAAUAGCUCUGCAGAAGUCUUGGUAAAGUAUUUUUAUUCCUCUUUCUUCACUCUGUGUGGAGGAGGCUGGGCUGUUUGCUGUCAGUCCUUCCCAUGAGUCUCGGGAGGUGCGUCCCGGCUCCUGGGCUGUGCAGACGAAGGCAGAUGGCUCUGUGGAGGAGGGCGGUGGGUAGGGAGCCAAGAUUAAUGCUUUUUGUGGCGAACCUAAUUAAAUGACAAGGUUUCAUCAUGGUA